ACGUCGACAACGUGCAUGGCAGUACUCUCAUGAAAAACUCUUAUAAAAGCCUUUAAUUUUUUGUUCCCUAGAGAAACAAGUUUCAUACUUGAUAUCACACCUUCUUCGUCGGAGUAGCAAUUUCGUCCAAAUUCAUCCUUCAAAAAACAUGCAAAAACAGAGUCAUAGCCAUUUCAAGCCAGAGAAAUCAUGGUGCCUCGUUAUAGCAUUAGUAGGUUUAAUAGGAGGUGCACUUUUCAUUUCCGUGUUUUUCAAAACGUCAGAAAAUUCCAUCCUCUGCAAUAAUCAAGCUCCAAACAUGGGGAAAUUUCUCGAUAAUGGCAAGAGAUUGAAUCCGCAGCAACUCCAGCUCGAUGCCAUUUUACACUAUGCGACGUCGCGAGUGAUACCUCAACAAUCAAUCGACGAAAUCAGGGUAUCUUUUGAUGUUCUGAAAAAUAAAACUCCAUGUAAUUUCCUUGUAUUUGGUCUAGGGCAUGAUUCUAUAAUGUGGGCAUCGUUUAAUUCCCGUGGCAACACAUUGUUCCUAGAGGAAGAUCCAAAAUGGGUGGAAACAAUACUAAAAGAUGCCCCGUUCCUUCACGCUGACACCGUGAAAUAUCGGACAAUGUUAUCGGAGGCAGAUGAACUAGUAGAACAUUACCAUAAGGAACCAGAUUGUUCAGCGAAAAAAUCAUUCUUACGUGGCAAUCAUCGCUGUAAAUUAGCGUUAGACAUGUUAUCAGAUGAAGUAUAUAAUAAGGAAUGGGAUGUAAUUAUGAUAGAUGCUCCAAGAGGGUAUUUCGCAGAAGCACCAGGAAGAAUGGCAGCUAUUUAUUCGGCAGCUGUUAUGGCGAGAAACAGGAAAGGAAAUGGUGUCACACAUAUCUAUUUACAUGAUGUGGAUCGUAAGGUUGAGAAGAUUUAUGCUGAGCUUUUCUUAUGUAGGAAAAAUUUGGUCAAAGGUGUAGGAAGGAUUUGGCAUUUUGAGAUUCCUCCUGCUUCUAAUGCGGGCAAUAAUUUUUGCUAGAGAUCAAUGUGCUAUCUUGCAGUUUCCUUUAAUUAAUUUCUCUUUCUUUUCAUUUGAAUGUAAUUUAUAUUCCCUUUUGAAUAAGUGCAUUAAACUUUCGAUUUUCUUUCGUUA